AUGACCACACAAGGACCCUCUGCCCUCCCACCAACGACAAUCCUAUCCUCACAGCACAUCUCUCAGUCCGCCGCACACGACUUCCUAUCCGCCUAUCUCGACCGCGCCGCUACAGACCCAGCACUACAACCCAGCGCAUUCAUCACAGAGCACGGCCCCGUCUCGCGCACAACAGCUGCUGCGCCUAAUCUCACGCUACAUAACCUCAAGCGUGUUCAGGCCGGCUUGGCAGGCGAAGUGCUGGGUCGGGAUUUGACAGUUGCGAAGCCUGCAGAUGGGGAGCAGGGGGUGGAGUUGGGAGAUGAUAAUAAUAAGAACGAUUCUCCGAAUACAGCCGGUUGGCAGCAGGAGACUACGGGCGGUGAUGAUGGGAUGGGUGAGCAGGUGAUGGAUGUCGAUGAUGAGGCCGAGGCUCCUGUCGCUAGUACUACAGGGGGAGUUGAUAAAGAAGAGAGGAAGAAGAAGAAGAAGGAAAGGAGGUUGGCCGAAAAGAGAGCAAAGGCUAGUAAUAGAGAUGCAGCUGAGGCUGAGGAAUGA